AUGGAAAACACCAACGGACUUGUUCGUGAUGAUGCUGGAAUCUGGAGAGACCAAGAGGGUCAUGCGUGCAAUGUGAGAGGCCAAAGGCUUGAUGGAGAUGGUAACAUCAUUCCACCGGCACCUUUACCAGUGGAUGUUGUUGACCAGAAUCCACCACCUGCACCGCGUGCAUCCCUUCAUGGCCACUCUCAUGAGCACCCUAUGGACCACAUCAAGAGGUUUGAGGACUUGCUGGAGCCAGGAUCACUCACUACUUGGGAAGAGACCAGGAAUGCUUUCCUGCAUAACUUCUUCGAUGAUGCUCGGUCUGAGGAAUUGAGAACGAAAAUUUCGACAUUCUCUCAAGAACCAACUGAAGCGUUCAAAGCUUCUUGGGUGCGAUUCAAAUCGUACCAGCGAGACUGCCCCCAUCAUGGCUUCAGCGAUGUGCAGUUGUUGGGUAUCUUCUUUAGAGGUAUCAACUGGAGGUAUCAGAUGGCACUUGGUGCAGCAAGCAAUGGAAACUUCAACACCAGAUACCCAGAAGAAGCUGUUGAGCUCAUCGAAAACUUGGCAUCUAGUAAUAACACCAAGAAUGCUGAUCUUGAGCGAAAGAAGCAAGCUGGGAACAUGGAUAGAUCGCAUAUUGCUGAGGUGAAAGCUAAGCUUGACUCUGUGCAUAGUCUUUUGGUGGGUAAGAAGUCUGUCAGAUUUGCACAGGAAGUAGAGAGUUUCGAACCUGAGGAUGAAGUUGAGGUGAAAGAUGUCAACUUUGUUAGUGGAUCAUGGUUUCAGGGUCAGAGGUUUGGUAAUCAGCAAGGUAACAGAAACUACAGUGGGAACUACAGUGGAAACAAUCAGAGGAGUACCUUCAACAGUAAUCAGAACUUCUCUGGUUACACGCCUAAGCCUCAGUACCAGAAGCCUUAUUCAAACAACAGUUUUUCCAGAAACUACAGCACUCCUUCAACUCAACCUCAAACUCCUGACAAUGAGAUGAAGUCUAUGCUGGGUCAAAUUCUGGAAGGUCAGCAGAAGCUCACCGUGGACUUCAAUGAAAAGAUGGAUGCUUUCUACCUUGAUCUGAAUGGGAAAAUUGAAGCUUUGAACAAUCAUGUCAAGCAGCUCGAUACGCAGGUUGCUCAAACUGCAGGUUUUGUUAAAAGGCAAGAAGGUUUUCUUCCUGGAAAGACUGACACCAAUCCAAGGCAUCACUGCAGUGCUAUCACGUUGAGGAGUGGUAAAAAUCUGAGUUCUGAGCCCAAGAAGACGCCUCCUGCACCUGAGGUCGUGGAUUUGGAAGACCCUGAAGAAAAAAUCUACAAACCUAAGGUUUCUUAUCCAAGGAGCCCUAGGAAGUCCAAGCAAGAGCUUGAUGAUGCACGAUGCAAAGCUUUGAUGGAAAAGCUUGUUAUUGAGAUACCUUUGGUUGAUGCUGUAAAAAUUACUCCUGUUAUCAGAAGUUAUGUGAAGUGA